AUGACAUGGCCACUCCCACGACCGGACUUCGAUGAAGAUGCCACGAAGUCUGAAGAGCAGGAACAAGUUCAACGCGAGCAGGAAGGUAGCUCACGUAAAAGUUCAAGCCGGCGUAACGCAUGGGGUAACUUCUCUUAUGCGGAUUUAAUUACCAAAGCAAUACAAUCAUCGCCGGAACAGCGUUUAACUUUAUCUCAAAUAUACGAAUGGAUGGUUAAUAAUGUAGCCUACUUUAAAGAUAAAGGUGAAAGCAACUCAUCGGCUGGAUGGAAGAAUUCCAUCCGUCAUAACUUAUCUCUUCAUAGUCGUUUUGUACGUGUCCAAAAUGAAGGGACUGGUAAAAGUUCUUGGUGGACAUUAAAUACCGAUGCUAAGCCUGGUAAAGCAACACGAAGAAGAGCUGGUAGUAUCGAUGGCGUUGCACGACGUCGUGGUAGAAUGAAG